UGCGCGCGGCGCUCCGGAAGUGACGCCACGGGAAGGGGCGCUCAGGGCCGCGCCAUGGCCCGAAAGGUGGUUGGGAGGCCGCCGGAGGAAACACUGUCGCUCUGGAAACGGGAGCAAGCCCUGUUGAAGACACUUGUCGUGGACCGGGACACGGAGGCGUGGCAGCGGGACCCCGCUUUUUCGGGUCUGCAGAGGGUCGGGGGCGUGGAUGUGUCCUUUGUGAAGGGCGACAGUGUCAGCGCCUGCGCCUCCCUGGUGGUGCUCAGCUACCCUGAGCUCGAGGUGAUGUAUGAGGACUGUCGCAUGGUGAGCCUGACAGCCCCCUACGUGUCAGGCUUCCUGGCCUUCCGAGAAGUGCCCUUCCUGGUGGACGCGGUGCAGCAGCUGCGGGAGAAGGAGCCCCGCCUCAUGCCCCAGGUCCUUUUUGUGGAUGGAAAUGGGGUGCUCCACCACCGAGGCUUUGGGGUAGCCUGCCACCUUGGUGUCCUCACAGACCUGCCCUGCAUCGGGGUGGCCAAGAAACUCCUGCAGGUGGAUGGGCUGGAGAACAACGCUCUGCACAAGGAGAAGAUACGGCUCCUGAAGGCUGGAGGAGACUCAUUUCCUCUGAUGGGAGGCUCCGGGACCGUCCUGGGCAUGGCCCUGAAGAGCCACGACCACAGCACCAAACCCCUCUAUGUCUCUGUGGGCCACAAGAUGAGCCUGGAGGCAGCCGUGCGCCUGACCCAUGGCUGCUGCAAGUUUCGGAUCCCGGAGCCCGUGCGCCAGGCUGACAUCCGCUCCCGAGACUACAUUCGCAGGACCCUGGGAGUCCAAGGGGCCCCUGCCUUGCAGCCGGAAAGGAGCAAGAAGGCACAGAGGCCAAAGGCGUGCCCCCAGGGAGUCUCAGAAGAGCCCGCAGCCAGGCUCGGUAGCGUCAUCUCUCAGUGGUGGAAUGCGGUACAGGAGGAUAGAGAUGGGGACUGGACCCAACCCUUGCGAAUCCCCCAUCACCAGAGAACACAGGCAACAGUGAUGACAAGGGUUUCCAAGAUGCUGUUAACGAGAUUAUCUGCUGUGCUGGGUGAGGCUUCCUCAUUGACAGCGCCUGGCCCCGUCCCUGCCUCCGUGCGGUUCCCCCUCUGCCGCUUCCUGACUUUGGAUUCUGUGCUCGGUUCUGUCUCAGAGAAGAAGCCCCUGCCCUGACCCUAUCUCAUCCCUGUU